UAUUCUUUAGGUAUAACACAGUCACUUUUAUACCAGGAUCAGGACUGACCGUAGUUACGUCACCACACAGGAACCGCCCAUAGGCCGUCACCAGUCAACAGCUAGUGUGUGGAAAGAGAUGAUGGCACAUUUGAGAAGUAAAGCGACAGAAACGUCUGAUCAACGUGACAUUUCUGAGGAAAUUUCGACAUUUGUAUUUCUCGGUCUAACUGGCAGUGCCGUUCUUCCAUUGAACCCCAGCAUCCUGGAGAUCAGUUUACUGCCGAUCGAGCGGUCAGAUAUUCUUCUGCUGGCCGGACAAGGGCUCCCAAGGUCACUCAAUAGACUGACCAUGACCUUCAAACCCCAUAGGUCACCGAUACCUAUAAGAGUCAUGCAAAACACAGAGUUACUGGACAGUUCUGUUGAGCACAGUCAAGUUAUUUGUGCCGAAGACGUAGCAAUCAUAGAAAAAUUUAUCGAACGUCUUCCCGGGCCAGUUUGUCUGAUUUCGUAUUCAGCAAACAUAUACGAUUAUAGGGUCAUCAAAAAUGAACUUAACAAACUAAAUCGGAACAUUAGCAGAGAUGGGCUUUUUUGUACAAGUCUGCGUAAAGCCGUUUGUGAACUGCGGCCGGAACUAAUCUCUCAUGAACUAAAUGAUGUAUAUAGAGAAUUGUGCAACGGGGAGGAACCAGAUUCAACAGAAUCGGCGGAGGGGACAGUGCGUAUGCUCACGGAGAUUGUUUCUCACCUACCCGGGGUUAUAGGAUGGAUGGAUCUACACAACGAGUUAUUUUAAUGAAAGUAUCAUCCAAUUUAAUGUGACGCACUACUAUUUCAGUGACAAACUACACGGAACUGUUAUAACGUGAAUCCACGCUUCCUGCAACUCCAAAGUACAAGGGUUACGUUCUCUUUACCUUAUCUCUUCGUCUUGUUACUACCACCUCUGUAGCUGUUAUUUGCAUAUCAAUUAAUUUAGUUCCUAAACACGCUGGGUUGUAUAUUGUGUUGUUAUUGUUAACGUUUUGUAAAUGUUUUUAUAGGACCGCAUGGGUUGUCCCUAAGGUUGCUUUAAACAACUCCAGAUUUUGAUCAAAUCUGUUUGUGGGUGGCAAAAUUCAAUUAUUUAUGUAACUGCCCAUUUCAGAUACAUUUUAAAACGCUUCAUGCUCAGUAUUCGAAGGUGAUGUCAGAUAGAGGAUGACGUAAAAGUGACGUCAGAGGAUGACGAAACAUAACGUCAGAUAGAGGAUGACGUAAAAGUGACGUCAGAUAGAGGAUGACGUAAAAGUGACGUCAGUUAGAGGAGGACGUAAAAGUGACGUCAGUUAGAGGAUGACGUAAAAGUGACGUCAGAUAGAGGAUGACGUAAAAGUGACGUCAGAUAGAGGAUGACGUAAAAGUGACGUCAGUUAGAGGAUGACGUAAAAGUGACGUCAGUUAGAGGAUGACGUAAAAGUGACGUCAGUUAGAGGAUGACGCGAAGCUUGAUGUCAUUUUGAAGAAAUAAAUAUACUUCAUGAUGACAAACAGUUUGGCAGUAAAGUUUAAUAUUCCAAUAACUUUACAAACACACAACUCCGUAUCAGUGGCACUCGUCUGUGUCAGGUAUCAAUUAACAUUAACAUUAAUUAAUACAUACGACUCUAUUGCUUGUUGAAAUUUUGAAUUUAUUUGAUGUUGUGUUGAUGCUGAA